AUGGUUUCUGAUAUGCGAUUUAAAAAGGGCGCCAGAUUCAAGAGGAAAAAGGAUAAGAAAGUUAAAAAGGAUGGUAGAUUUGAUAAAGUCUUUAAGGAGGAGACCAAAACCGAUUUCGGCCCUAAAAUAGAUCCUUUUGGAAGACCUCUUGAAAAUAUCGCACUUGAUGAGAUAUACUCAUCAGAUGAAGACUUUGAGGAGCACGUUCCUGCUGUACAAGAGGAACAUGAGGAAUCCAUCGAAUAUGGUGAAGAGUCAGAUAGGAUAGCGGUAGUUGGAUGCGAUUGGGACAACAUAACUGCAGAUGACCUAUUUGUUCUUUUCGAAACAGUUUAUAGGUCAUUACAAAAUAACAACUUUGUAAAGGCGGUCAAACGAGCCGCAAUUUAUUUGUCUGACAUUGGUGAAGCUAAGAUAAAGAAAGAGAAUGCACAUGGACCAGAUAUUGCUAUUGACAACGAAACAAGGGAUGAAGAAGAUGAUGAUGAAACACGACAGGAAGCACUGAGAAAGUACCAAAGAGAGCGGUCACGGUACUUUUAUGGUGUGGUUGAAUUGGAAAGUGUUGAUAAGGCAAGAGUUUUGUACGAUGAACUUGACGGGGUUGAAGUUUCCUUUGCAUUGGAUGGUUUGGAUCUUCGCUUUGUACCGGGUACCAUUUCUUUCCCCAGAGAGCCUACGAGUGAAUCCACUUGUAUUCCAGACAAUUAUGAACCACCAGUCUCAUCACAAUCUGCAUUAAGACACUCUAAAGUUGAAUGUAAAUGGGAUCUUACUCCAGCAAAAAGGUUUAAAACUUUGACCAAAAGAUUCAAGGAAGGUGACUUAGCAUCUCUCGAUUUAUCGGAAUACCUAGCUUCUGAGGAUGAGGGCGAAGGACUUGAGAAUGUGAAGGAUCUUUUGAUUGCUAGAGAUGGUAGUGAGGUUGAAACUUCGGAAAGCGAUUCUGAUAAGAAUAUAUCUGCGACCGUUGGUAACAUAAAAUUAUCAUUUGGCCCUGAUUCAGCAGUUCCUACAACUAAAAAGAAGAAAGAAAAGACAAAGAAACAAAAGAAGGACGAAGAAAACGAGGAAGGUCGCCACUUUGAUAUGAGAACAAUCAAAAAGUCAAAGGGGAAAAGAACCGAACAGCAAUCUGGAUUUACCUCGAACUUUGAUGAUGAAAGACUUAAUAAGCUCUUCAAAGAUCCCAAAUUCUCCAUUGAUACUACAGAUCCAAAUUAUAAAAGAACUGAGUUUAACGAAAAAUUAUUGGAGCAAAAGAGAGCACGAAGGUGA